AUGGACAUGAUUCCAUACUACCACUACGACCACGGCGGAGACAGCCAGUAUCUUCCGCCGGGUUUCAGGUUUCAUCCGACGGACGAAGAGCUCAUCACUCAUUACCUACUCCGCAAGGUCCUCGACGGUUGCUUCACAAGUCGUGCCAUCGCAGAAGUUGACCUCAACAAGUGCGAGCCUUGGCAACUUCCUGGGAAAGCUAAGUUGGGAGAGAAAGAAUGGUACUUCUUUAGCCUCCGUGACCGGAAAUAUCCGACGGGACUCAGAACUAACAGAGCAACGGAAGCUGGUUACUGGAAAGCGACUGGAAAGGACAGAGAGAUCUACAGUUCCAAGACUGGUGCACUUGUUGGGAUGAAGAAGACUCUUGUCUUUUACAAAGGAAGAGCUCCUAAAGGAGAGAAGAGUAAUUGGGUUAUGCAUGAAUACCGUCUUGAAGGCAAAUUCGCUUACCAUUUCAUCUCCAGAAGCUCUAAGGACGAAUGGGUGAUCUCUAGGGUAUUCCAGAAAACCGCCGUAGCCAAUACCGGUGCCGCAGGAGGAGGAACAAGUGUUAGCGUAAGCAGCGGUACCGUUUGCUCUAAGAAGACGAAGCUACCCUUAGCCAUCUCUAGAAACUACCAAGAACAACCAAGUUCUCCUUCCUCCAUCUCACUCCCUCCUCUCCUUGACCCAACCACAUCCCUUGGUUACACCGAUAGCAGCUGCUCCUACGACAGCCGUAGCACAAACAAAACCGCAAUAACCGAGCACGUGUCCUGUUUCUCCACUGCAACGACAACUACUGCGUUGGGCUUAGACGUUAACGCUAACGCGUUCAGCCAUCUUCUACCGUCUCCGCCGCCAGGGUUUGAAUCUCCGCCGCCAGGGUUUGACUUUGACCCUUUUCCUCGUUUCGUCUCAAGAAACGUCUCGACUCUAUCUAACAUUAGGUCGUUCCAAGAAAACUUCAAUCAGUUUCCUUACUUUGGAUCGUCUUCUGCAUUGACCAUGACCUCCUCUGUUAAUCUGCCUUCUUCCCAAGGCGUGGCUGGAAUUAAUUACUGGCUACCGGCGAUGGCAGAAGAGAACGAGACAAAGGCAGGUUUGCUGGAAUGGUGGACUUGA